UGAGAAGCACUGGCCUGUACACAAAAAAAACAAACAGCACUACUGUGCCUGAUACACUCAUAUCAGUGCCACACCCACACACUACCAUAUCAGUGUCACCACUGCACUGAGUAUGGUACACCACUCAAUAAUAUCUGUUUAGUAGUGGUCUUAUGGUGGUCCCUUUUUAUUGGUGGAUUGAGUAGAGAGUGAGUGUCUAUGUGAAUAUGCACAGGAACAGAUGAGCUACAGUGAAUAAUUGCACAACAAUAAUCACACCUAUGUAUAUGCUAGUAUGUACAUAUACUAGGUAGUAUUUAUUGCAGCAUAAAGUUUCCAGAGGACAUCAGCACUGCUGAUGAAUUACCACAGUGCAUACAUUACAGCAACACACUGACCCUAUCACCGUGGAUACUUUUUCAUGUGCAUGAGUGUGUUAUACAUUCAGUAGUAUGUGCGUGCGUUGUGUGUAGUGAUUAGAAUUAUGAGGAAUGUUUGAAAGCCAUUUAUAACCGUUUGGGAACUGAUGGACAUUCAAGAACCUAAUCCUGGCCCUGUGGUCUAAGAGGGGGAAAAAUAAGAGAAGUGUUGUGGUGGUGUGGAAAAGAAUCAGAAAAUAUGUUUUAUAUUUUCAUAUGACCUAUUUUAUAUUGCAUAUGAUCCGUGUUGUAAUUUGAUGACAGUACAAACGCAGGAGGUAUGUGCGUCAAAUAUUGAUAAGGAGGGACGAUGACCUGGGACAUCUCCCGGGUCAGCUUGAUCAGGUGCGAUUUAAACGGCCUUGGUUGCUUUAGAUAACAUAAAAGGCAAAGUGUUGAUAUAAAGGGAUUGGGAGACAUCUAGUGAUGGUUAAGAGAGUUCAAGUGAGUAAGAGAAAUUACAAUUCGCCAGUUAGAGAAGGCAAAUAUGUCCCGCUCCUGGGGCUUUUUAGAUCAUGCACUAUGGUCAACUCUUCAGUGUUGGCUCUCGAGACAGACCUCCUUUUUGCUGAGGUUUAGCUCAUUAUCGAUUUUCAGAAGUUUUGUUUUCCUUGCUGAUCCUCAAACCUACAUGGGAGAAGGAAAGAAUUCCUCAGGACAGUGGGUACAGACUUUCUGCGGGAGCAGUCUUAUCUAGCUGAGAAUAAAGGGCCAGGGGUUGAGGAGGCAAGUUUGGAGGAAGUUUUAAUGGAGCUAUUUCUAGAAAGUGGUGUUUAAUCUGCAGCUUUCCACAUGGAGAGGAAAUGAUGGAAAAUCUUCUGUUGCAUUUAGAUGAUGAAAGAGUUCCUAAAGCGGGAGGUGGUGGCACGAGGCUGAGCUGAAAUUGGAUUUUGACAUUUUUAGUGCAACCCUGUGUGAGAAUAUAGUCACUUCUCUCAUUGCUACAGACUACUUAGCGCUCAUUCACACCCAGUUAAAAAAAGCUCACACCAUCAGGUUCAGUUUGUGGUAAGGAAGGGCAGGAACACAAUGGGAGUAAUUAAUCCUGUUUGAGACAGUGUAUGAGUUUAGUAGCAGUAUCAGCAGGAGUAGCAGCAGCAGCAGCGGCGGCAGAGGGUGUGGUGGAGGAGGAGGUGGUAUUGGUGGGGCUUUUGGCCAUGGACCCUGAACUGGAGGAGUCAAUCGGGUUAAUGGAGAGCUCGUGGACUCUUCUCUCAUGGCUGGCCUCGUGUGUGAUGGUGUUUGGGGGUGCAGUGCCAUACAUCCCCCAGUACCAGGAGAUCCAGAAGACCAACAACACUGAGGGCUUCUCAACCCGUGUAUGCCUGGUUCUGCUCAUCGCUAAUAUACUGCGCAUCUUCUUCUGGGUCGGGAAGCAGUUUGAGCUGACUCUGCUUGUGCAGAGUGUGGUGAUGAUUCUAACAAUGAUGGCUAUGCUACACUUAUGCUGCACUGUCCAGAUUAGCAACCGUGUCAGCACCAAACAGCACCGCAUCACGGACCUAGACGUACGGUAUUUUUGGAGAUGGAGUGCUUUUGAGGACUAUUUGCUGUUCUGUUUCGGCUUCACGCUGCUGUGUGCCUUCUUCACGGUCCUCUUCCUGGACUGGGUGGUGUUUGUGGAGUCUCUGGGCUCACUGGCCUUGCUGUUUGAGGCCAUGCUAGGUCUGCCUCAGCUGUUGCAGAACUACAAUAACGGCUCCACCCGAGGCAUGAGCAUAAAGAUGGUGUUCCUGUGGACUGCUGGUGACAUUUUCAAGACUACGUACUUUGUAAUUAACCAAAGCCCCGCUCAGUUCUGGGUGUGUGGGAUGACCCAGAUUUUGAUUGACAUCGCCAUUCUGGUGCAAGUCGGCUACUACGGUCUGGACUCCAGAGCUAAAGUGGGAUGAGGAUGAUCUUCUCCGGGAAUCGGUCUUCACUCUCAAACAAGGGCUCCUUAACUAUGUGCAUGUUCAUUUCUUUUAUUUUCUUUAGUUUAAAGCUUACUUAAAUGUUUGUGUUUCUUUUCUUUUUACACUAUUUAUAUUUUUAGUUACAUUGCUGAUCACAGGAAAGAGAAGCUCCCAUAAUGUAUCUUCUCAAAAGUUUGCCACAAUUAUGUCUUAUUUGUUUCAUGCAUCCAUUAAGUCUCUGCUGUGAGAAGUGUUCCUGAGCUUGGCAAACCACGAGAAGAGCCCCAAGCAGAUUUAGUGAAAUGUGAACUGGCAGGCGGCUCCAGAGAGAGCGUGCCAAAUUCAUCUGCAAAUCUGCACCACUUGAUCUACACUUUGGACUGUUCCACAGCCAGAACUGUCCCAUCCACUCACCAUCCUGAAAUCAUUUGCUAAAUCUGCACCUGUCUCUAUGUGGUCAUAGAAAGAGACAGAUUUCAAAAAAUGGUCCAGUAUCAUUUUUAUAGAGUUCAGGCUUUAGGAUGAUGCUGUUACAGUUGAACGAACAACCAGAGUGUUCACCAAAUCUGUAUGAAUUAAUUCAUUUCUACCUGAAGAAUCCUGUUUUUUUUAAAAAAAAAAAAAAAAAAAAAAAAAAACAUUGCUGUAAAUCUUUGCACCUCAGUAUAGAUCUUCAAGAUGGUGCCCAAAGAGUUCCACAGUUGAAUGAAGCCGUGACAGCUGAAAUCCACUUAUUUUAGAACAUUAGGAUUCUACACUCAUUGGAAGAAAAGAAAGGAUAUUAUAGAAGGGUUCUCUGGUUGUCCAUCUGUGGAGAACCGAUAAAGGUUCUAUGUACAUCCAUACAUCUGACUGUUUUUCUAUCAGAGAGGAACCUUUUCAGGAAAAGUGUUUUUUGUUUGUUUGUAUACAGAGGUGCCAACAUUUAACAUUUAGUUUUAGCAUUUCUGAGUUUUGACCUCUUGUUACAACGAUGCGCGAGACACCUGAAAACUGAAAAGCCAGUUCACUGAAGGGGAAAGGACGCGGGAUGGGAAAAUCAUGCACUUGCUAGUCCAUACAGGAUUUUCGUGUUUUUUGUGAUUGUUGCGGCCAAAAAUUAUUGCUUUUGCCAUGUUUUUUGUUUUUUGUUUGUUUGUUUUUUUUGUUUGUUUGUUUUUUCUUCAAAGUUUGCGAUACAGUUUACAGAAAACUACUUUUUGCAAUUGCACAAAAUUGUUUUGCACAGUCUUUCGCAGUGAUGUUUGUUGGUGAAUGAGAAUUUUUAGCUGUACUUUAUGUUCGACGCACGUGAAUCGAACAGAGCUUUGGCUGAAGGCGCAUUGUGAUGAUAUCACAUGAUGUGUCUUGGCCCAAAUCUGCAGAAAUUCGGCGGUAAUUUAGAAAAAUUGCAAGCUCCUCCGAAUAUUGUGGAGUUUCCUUGAUUUUGUGUUGAUUUCUGCGAUCGUAAAAUCCUGGAGGGACUGAUUAUGCUUCUUAUCUAGAUGACCUGUGAAUUCACAAACCAAUCCACAUAGGUGGGAAUGUAGGCUCUUUAAUCCAUAGAAAAAUUGGAGAACUGCUUAUUAUAAAGGAGCAGCCAUGCCAGAGUGUUGUCUUGCUGUUUUCUUACUGUUGCUUGUCUCAAAGGGGGGGGGACCGCCGGGGGGAGGGGGGGGGGGACCGCCUCGUAUACUGACAUACGUUUGAGUUUCUGUUGUAAAAUUCUGUUUUUUCUCCCUGCCUGCUAGGAUUUUCUUAUUAGCACUGUUGGCACCUCAUGUGUUCAUACCUCUCCAGAAGAACUUUUCAUUUGAUCAAAAAGAUAGAAUGCUUUUUGUUGUUGGUUUAUACAUAGAACCAAAGGAAAAAAACAAAUGUACUACCCUUUAAGAUAUUUCCUGGAACCCUUUUUUCUUUCUUUCUGAGGAGUCACUGAUUGUGAUUUAUUUAUUGUUAUUAGUCACUGAUAGUGAUUUACUGUUUAAUUUUUAAGUGUAUUUCAGGAAAAAAAAAAAAAGUGUGUUGGAAACCCAUGCACACAUUAGUUUUAGUUUUAGCUCUAAUAGUGAAAAUUAGACCAAAGGAUAAUUGUGAACCCUUUCCGGUACAUUAGCGUCCGAAUACUUUACUGGUUUAAUGGCAUAGAUAAUGGCAUAAACACUGCAUCCCUCUCACUGGACUGAUGCUGUGCUCAUGUGUUUAUUGAUGUUGGAAACAGUAAGAGUGAGACUAUUAUUUCUUGGUUAGCCAGGAAACUGCUGCAAAUGGUGAAAGGCAGUGUGUGAUGAGACUUCCAUCAGGAAGCUGUUCCACAACAUUAAGCAUCACGCCAGUGCUGUGAGUGAGACACUAUUGAUCAUUGACCCUAUAACUCUGAAUCCUGCCCCAGUGCCUAACAGCUGCAGGGUAUGUCUAUCUGGGUCCUAUAAGCCCUGCGGCAUCUCCUUCGUUUUCACUCUCACGUCUCACAGUUUGGAGAAGAGAAUGCUUCCAUUCUCGGCGUGUCUUACACACCACAGUGUGAUUUCAGUGACCCGAGAGUGGAUGUGUGUUGGACGAGGUUAGUCGCCACAAGGAUAGGGCUGUCUGACAGUUUUGACCUUGUGGAGAUAUUUGCCUGGUCCCUAAAAGGAUAACUAACUUUUUUUUUUCUUUUACAAAAAUUGCUGUUACAAUAUAGCUGUAAAAAAAAAAAAAAAAAAAACAUUUCUUUGUAGUUAUUGAAGUUAAGGUCAGGGUUUGAUGUAGGUAUAGACAUAGCAUUGAUUAGCUAUGUUAAUACACUAUAUGGCCAAAAGUAUGUGGACACCUGACCAUUACACUCUCCUUGUGUGUGAUGGUCAGGUGUCCACAAAUGUUUGGCCAUAUAGUGUAAAUACAUCAAUGAAAGUUCCUCACAAGGAUAGUAAGGUGUGUGUGUGUGUGUGUGUGUAUUAGGUCUCACAAUGAUGGUAUUCAUACCUUCCUCAAAUUUGUCUCAAUCAGUAGUGACGUGUCGAUGUUUAAAGCAGCUGUUCCCUCAAUAAUACAGAUCCGAUGCCGUUGCUCUGAUCAAACACAGCUGAACAUGUACGUUUUACCAUGGUGCUAUUUUAAGAGAUGUUACCAGUGUUUUAUUAUUUUCCCAUCAGAUUUUCCAAAACCAUCCAGCUAUUCACUCAUUUACUUCCAGGUUGCUUUGCAUUUUGCUUUCUAUAUAUGCAGUGCUCUUGUAUGACGUACAUACUCAUGUAAUACAAAUAUAUCACAGUGCAAAGCUUUUAAGAGCUCUAGUAACCAAAGAGAUUCUUUUCUCCAACAUAUAAUGUCCUAUACACACAGGUGUUGUAAAUGUGUAAUGUUUGCAUGACUGGCGAAUGGCUUGGCUUUUGAUUUUAUAGUGUGCUAUUGUGAACUGUAGAUGAGUUUCGGAUGAGCAUGGUCAAUCGUGUAUAACGCAGAACGAUUAUGGCUCUUUAAUGAUGCCUUAAUAUUUGAUACUUUAUUGGACUCUUGUUACACACAAGCUUUGGGAAAGACUGCACUCCAAAACACACACACACACAAAACUUCCUGAACUUUGGGUGAAUGUUAUUAUGAUAUCUACAUCAGUGAAUUCAUUGAUUCAGCACAGACUGAUGAUCAUAUUAUGUCACAUUCUCAGCGAAAUGUUACUGAAAGCCAAUGAAUAAAGUGUUUUUCAGGGAGGACAUUUAUUAAAUAAAUGAAUCAAUGCAAUCUGUGUGGCCCUAUCUGAUUUGCACUCUCAAAAUGGACCUCUGCGUUACAUUGUGUAGAAAUGUGUUUUUUUUUUUUUUACUUCAAUUUUAUUUAUUUUUAACAAAAGAUAUUGCAAGUCAUUACAUCACUUUCCUCACAAAGUAAAAAUAUCAGCAUUUAGCACCAGACUACACAUCUCUUAAAUUAGAUCUGACCCCAGGCAUAUAAACAUAUUGUUACAUUAAAUGUGUCCCAAAAAUUCCCCUCCAAAAUACGUUCUUAUUAUCUUUCUUAGUAUCCAGGGUUUAUUUCCAUACUAUUUAUAAAGUGACACAGCUAUAGAGAAGUCGAGGAGAUGGUGCUCUGCAGGCGGGCAGUGCUGUGGAUAUAAAUCACUCCAAAUAUCCUCCUUCCUUUCUGGCAUAUGUAGCAAAAACGUUGUGAAAUUAUAUCACUGUCUAUCAUGCGUCCCGACACCACGAUGCUGGGUGUGAAGCAGAAGCCUGGAAUAAAACAGAAUGAAAACAUUUCACCAAGAGUGCUGUUUACAGGCAACAUUUCACACGUCAGGAAGAAAGAUCAGCAGGUAGCAAUUAGCAUGGUCCUCAAAUAUGGUUUGCCAAUAUGAUUGCAUUCAUUUGAUAAAGGAAUGCAGCUUUACACUGUAGAAGCUACUUUUAUCAUCAGGAUG